AUGAAAAAGUCGGGUAGGACAGCUACUGAUCAAGGAUUGCUUGCAUUGGCUCAGAAUGAGGGGAUGGCUGCUGUUGUUGAGCUUAAUUGCAAAACUGACUUUGUUGCCAGAAAUGAAAUUUUUCUGUACUUGGCUUUGCUGGUUGAAAAUGCUUCUCAGCUGGUUUCUGGGGUCCAUCCGGUUGGACUUGAGUCUCUGGAGGUAUUGAAGCUAAAUCUUGAACAUCCAAAAAUAAGUGGAGAUACGACUGUUCAAAAUGCAAUCACAGAAGUAGCUGCAAUUAUGGGUGAGAAUGUAAGACUCAGAAGGGACUUUUUGAUGUCUGCACCUUCACCUGGUGUUCUUUCCACUUACCUUGAUACUAUCCUCAACCAGCCCUUGGCUAAUAGUCAUAGAAUGCUCAACAGUUUGGGUCGUAUUGCUGGACUUUUAUCUCUUGAGAUAGAGGAUGGGAAUUCUCAGUUGGAUGCUCUCCAGUGUGUUGGAUCAGAAUUGGCAGUGCAUCUGAUGGCAGCAAAACCGUUGUUCGUGACAAAGGAAGAUAUUUCCUCUGAUGCUUUAGAGAGUGAACUUGAAAUUCUCAAGUCUCAGCGUCUUCCAUGCUGCCCCACAGGCGCUGCUCAGCAAUUUAUCCAAGGAAGUGGGUUCACCCGUGAAGAUAGGGAGUUUUUUCAGAAUGGAAGUUGGAUAUGGAAUUCAAAGGAAAACAUCCCUAGUCUGGUAGGAACCUUUGAAACCAUUCUCAGUAAGCCUGGUGGCAAUUCUGUGUGUAACACUCUUACACUGUAA